AUGACAGAUGACAUCAAGAAUGGAAUCUGCCUGGGGAGCCACGUUGUCGAGAGCCUGCGGCAGGGUGUGGACUCCAGCCCUGCCAGGGGUGUGCACAGUCGCGGCCAGCUGCCAGCUCUGGUACUGGGCACCACUCCAGGAGCCCAGCGCAGGCUUAGCAUCCCGGGAAGCCGGUUGGUGGGGGCGCUGCUCCUGCCCUCACGUCAGGUCUCCCGAUGUACUCUGUGCUACCGGCUCGACUCACCAACUGGCAGAGGGCCGGGCCGCGCCAUACUGACGCGAUCAGUGUCGCUGCCGGCGCCGCCUUGGGAACCACUAAGUGUGGGAUCGAGGGACCUUGGUCUUCCCGGUCCUUUCCAGGGAAGGUUUAGCAAAGAAACUGUGGUUGGUGCGUCCUUGGGGUGGAGGAGCUGCAGCAACCAACAAAUGCAUGGGAAGAUGGCGCCUCUGAAAAGCCAUGUGUCCUGCAUGGAGAAACCAGGAAAGGUCCAGGAGCCCCCAGAUAGCAGUCUGCACUGGUCAGAAGGCUCAAAGGGUGAAGAGAUAAAGAAGUAUGGCCGGGAAGGGACACUACUAAACAAAUACAACCAACAAUACCACAAGCUGUUCAAAGAUAUCCCCUUGGAGGAGAUGGUCGUCAAAGUGUGUUCCUGUGCCCUCCAGAGAGACCUCCUUCUCCAUGGUCGGCUCUAUAUUUCGCCCAACUGGCUUUGCUUCCAUGCUAGCCUCUUUGGCAAGGAUAUCAAGGUGGUCAUUCCUGUGGCAUCUGUGCAAUUGAUCAAAAAGCACAAGAUGGCACGGCUCCUUCCCAACGGACUGGCCAUCACCACAAACACCAGCCAGAAGUAUGUGUUUGUGUCUCUGCUUUCCCGGGACAGCGUAUAUGACAUGCUGAGGAGGGUCUGCACUCACCUACAGCCUUCCAGCAAGAAGAGUCUGAGUAUACGGAAAUUUCCGGAAGAAGCGGAACUCGAGUCCCCGGAAGUCCUCAUCCCUGAGAUGAAGUGGAGAAAAGCGUGCUCAGCCUCCCCAUCCCUGUCACUCCCAGACAACAUCUCUUGUGUCUCUCGGAUACCCACAGACUCCACCGAUAGCUGCUUUUCCUCCAUGAAGCCUCCAGGGUCUGGUGAGUUCAGGAUCUCAUCUGUGGCAACUGCUUUCGAGGCUUAACCGUUUCUCUUCUAUGCAAAGGGCGCGGCAUGGCUGCUGCCCCACUCUGGCUGGGGCCCCUCACGCCCCAGGAAGAUAUCUAGCUGCUCUCCCAUUGCAGAGGCCGUCUGUGAGAAAGAUGCAUUGGAGGAAGAGCCCACCACGGACCAGGAGUUGAGGCUGUGGGAUUCCCGGCUCCUCAAGGUCAUCUUUGUGAUGAUCUGCUUUCUAGUCCUGUCCUCGUCCUAUCUGGCAUUCCGAAUCUCCCGGCUGGAGCAGCAGUUAUGUUCCCUGAACUGGGGCAGUCCACUCCCAAGGGACAGGUAA